AUGGAGAUGAGAGUGACUGUGGAAAAGGUGAUUCUAAAGGUGAUACAAAAGGUUUCUAACCGGAGUUCAUUUGUAGGAAGGGCUGGGAUUAUAGGCCUAGAGAGGGCAGUUGACGUUCUAGAUACACUUGGAAGUAGCAUGACGAAUUUGAAUCACGGAAGUGGCUUUGUCACUGGCCUGGCUUCUAGAGGAAAUACAAUAUCUAUAUUGGCAUUCGAAGUGGCUAAUACGAUGGCUAAAGGAGCAAAUUUGCUGCGGUCACUUUCAGAGCAGAACAUACAAUUCCUUAAAAAGGAUGUCUUGCAUUCAGCAGGAGUACAAAAGCUAGUUUCUACAAACAUGAAGGAGUUGCUAAGUAUUGUUGCAGCUGACAAGAGGGAUGAAUUGGAUAUUUUUUCGCGCGAAGUAAUUAGAUUUGGAGAUCUUUGUAAAGAUCCACAGUGGCAUAACCUUGACCGAUACUUUUCAAAACUAGAUAUACACAAUUCACUCCAUAAACAAGUUAGAGCUGACGCAGAAACGACAAUGAAAGAACUAGCGUCUCUUGCUCCGCACACCUCGGAACUGUACCAUGAAUUGAAUGCUCUGGACAAAUUUGAGCAAGAAUAUAGGAGAAAACAGGAAGAAGUGGAGUCCUUAAAUCUCCCUAAAAGGUUAGAGAAUCUCAUGAUUUUACAAAGUGAGCUAAAGCAACAACGAAAGCUCGUAAGGUGUUUGAAAAAGAAAUCCCUUUGGUCAAGAACUUUGGAAGAGAUCAUGGAGAAACUGAUUGAUAUCGUUAUGUACAUGCAUCAAGUAAUCUUUGAAGCCUUUGGAGGUAAUCAUUUAGCAUCAUCUUCCGGAAAGGAGACUCCCGAAAAUUCUGAGAAACUAGGUGUUGGUGGACUUGCACUACACUAUGCUAAUGUAAUUCAUCAGAUUGACAACAUUGUAACUCGACCGGCUUCGCUUCCUCCUAAUAUCAGGGACACAUUAUACCAUGGAUUGCCACCCACUGUUAAGAAAGCUUUAAGGUCCCGAUUACAGGCCAUCGACACCAAGGAUGUACAUUCGAUUUCACAGGUCAAAGAUGAGAUGGAAAAGACCCUUCAGUGGCUUGUUCCAGUAGCAACAAACACAACCAAAGCAUGUCAGGGUUUCGGCUGGGUUGGAGAAUGGGCCAACACAGGCAAUGAAUUUGGAAGAAGCGCAGCCAUAAACGUCAUCCUCACCCGUCUUCAACACUUUAUCAUGCUGAUAAACAGAAAACAGAUGAGUACAUCCCUGAACUGGUGGCAUUACUGCAUCAAUUGAUCAGCUUAGUAAAACAAAGAGAUCAUGGAAUCAAGCCUCAGCCUUUUCAAUCUCCUACAUAUAAAGGCUUGCUUUUUCACUCAAAGAUGCAGCAGCGGGUUCACUCCUUCAACGGCGAUGGAACUAAAGCGCACAAGAUCA